AUGGGUUUUCUGAAAAUCCUUCGGAAGCAGCGAGCGAGAGAACGCGAAAUGCGUAUUCUGAUUCUCGGAUUAGAUAAUGCCGGCAAGACGACUUUGAUGAAGAAGUUUCUCGAUGAACCGACAGAUACAAUUGAGCCAACACUUGGAUUUGAUAUUAAAACAGUGCAAUUCAAAGGAUUUCAAUUGAAUUUAUGGGAUGUCGGCGGACAGAAAAGUCUUCGAUCGUAUUGGAAAAAUUAUUUCGAGUCGACGGACGCGCUGAUUUGGGUUGUUGAUUCAUCGGAUAGAGAACGACUAAACCAAUGCUCCGAAGAGCUCAAAAAACUACUCCAAGAGGAACGACUAUCCGGUGCAUCUCUUCUCGUUCUCGCUAAUAAAAGUGACCUGCAUGGAGCGAUUGAUGUGAAUUCGAUUGCUCAGGUGCUCGAUCUCCACUCAAUCAAAUCACAUCACUGGAAAAUUUUCAGUUGUUGUGCACUUUCCGGCGAACGAUUGAUUCAAGCGAUGACGUGGCUUUGUGAUGAUGUUGGAAGUCGGAUAUUCAUUCUUGAUUGA